AUGGGAAAACACAUUGCGAUGAUGAGUUUCCGUGGUCGGAUGCGAAAACAAUUAGAUGAGGACAUCCAAGUUUUUGGUUAUAAUUUGGAAGUAUUACUACGUCGUGCACAUGCUGUGCCUAAAAUUGGCGAAGGAGACAGGGGUACACUUCUUAAGCAGCAGUUUUGGCAGUUGGGCAGCAACUUUGGCAGUUGUUACAAAGGCGAAAUUCAGUUGUUACAACGGGAGUUGUUACAACGGCCAUUUGGCAUUUGUUAA